UAACCAGUUUCAAGGUUUACCGCGGUAUGAAAACGUCACGGUUUCAAAACCGCUAAAAUCUUCCGUUAUACCGUCCUCGCGGUUUGCGUACAUUUUUACACGUCAUAGACGGAAAGUGCACGAAACCCUCAGGUUGUAUGUAUGCAGCAAAAAGCGUAUGAGCAUAACGAGUCAGACGACCCCUCCCCCUGGUUGAUGCGAGCUGCAAGUCACUUGUGUGUGUGUGUGUGUAUGAUGGCCGAAGGAGGUGAAUCCCUUGAACUUUUCCCCCCUGCAAAAAAGACCAAGUCAGCUGUCUGGGAAUUUUUCGGGUACCGAAAACAUUCAGAUGGCCACGGCUUGGAGGAGGAAGGACGUCCAACAUGCAAGACAUGUUUAAAAAGAGUCUCUGCUAGAGGAGGAAAUACAUCAAAUAUGAUAGCCCAUCUACGGGAGCACCACCCAUCACGCUUCGCUAAAUUCAAGGGCAGCAGUAUCUCCAGCAGCAAAGGAUCAUCCACAUCAAAAGCUUCAACAGAUCAGCCGACAAUACAGCAAACAUUUGAAAAACAAAUUGCUUAUGCACCAAAAUCUAAGCAUGCAACAUCUAAGGACUUUUCAUAA